AUGGAUUUCGGUCAGCCUUCAUUAACCUCUCGAUUCACCAUCCGGGUUCAUGUGGCCGAUGUGAAUGACAAUGCGCCGGGAUUUACGCAAGCAAACUAUCAACUUUCUGUGGAAGAAAACAGACCCAUCGAUACUGUGCUGGAACGGUUUACGGCUACAGAUCUAGACAGUGGGCGAAAUGCGGAAAUCGAGUAUUUUCUUGACAAUGCCGGUAUGGAAUAUUUUCGGAUUGAUCCGAAAGAUGGAACGCUGUACACAAAAACUAGUUUCGAUCGUGAAAUUCGACAGAAAACCAUCCCACUGGCUGGUUCGGAAUCUGCUCUGCCGAAAGAGAACAAACAGGCCGUUCAUAACUCAAUCGAAUAA